UAGCAAGACAAAGGAAAGAAUAGUUAUUGUGAGCAGUUAAGUUAUUGAGCAGGAGCUAGCUAAGCAAAGGUCAGCUCAACAAAUAGAGAUGCAAAGUGCUUUGGAUCAAUCUCAGCCGUUGGAUUUGAGGUUGGCGUAGAAUUGUCAGUUGAGUACACGUGCUACUACUACUUGUACUAUCUUUCCCCUUUACCACUUCUUUUUAUCUUUGCUUCCAUGCAUGGAUUUCUCCUCCCAUUUGCCAAACAUAGAGUGUGUGUUGUAAGAGAGAGAAAACAACAAAAAAACUGAAGAAAGAGAAAAAAAGAGUAAACUGCUCUGCUCUUUCUUCUGCUCUCAGAAUUUGGAUAUUUUCUUGAUAUUUGUCCACUGUUUCUUGAUUUACUCUUUCCUAUUAGUAGUAUGGCUUACAAAGUUGUACUAGCACUUUGAACAAUUGGUAGGAACAAGACUAGGCAAAAGUUGGACUUUUUUUUUCUUCUUUCUUGAUCAUCAUCUGAUCUGAUAUUCUUGAUUUGAUUAGAUUCAAUGGGACUUGAAGAUCAAGAAGUAGUACUGAAACAUGUUUGCAAAUUCUGCAACAAAAGUUUCCAUUGUGGUAGAUCCUUAGGGGGUCAUAUGAGGUCUCAUAUGAUUAACACAACUGAUGGAGAGACUUCAAGAAAGAAGCUUCCAGCUUUGAUCAUCAGUAGCAAUGGUAAUUUGGAUAUGGGCACUCAAAGUGCUAAUUAUGGGCUGAGGGAGAAUCCCAAGAAGACUUCAAAAUUUGCUGAAGAAGAUACUUUACUUCCCAAUCAGAACAACAACAAAGUUUGCAAGGAAUGUGACAAAAGCUUCCAAUCAUGGAAAGCUUUAUUUGGCCACAUGAAGUGUCACUCAUCAAUGAAUAACAACAGUGUGGAAGAAGAUUCUUGGAACAGUGCUAGUGCUAAUAAUCACAAACAAUUAGUACUAAUGGAUAGUGAAUCUGAUACUGAAGCAGCAGCAGCACCAAAUAAGAAGAAGAGAUCAUCAAGAAGGAUGAAAAGGUACAUGGCUCCUACAACUUCUUCUACUUUAACUUCUGAGAUUGAGCAUGAACAAGAAGAGAUUGCUAUGAGUUUGAUUUUGCUUUCAAGGGAUGUUGGGAAUUGGGUUGGUCAAAAUCAUGUCACUGAGUGUUCUGAUAACAAUUCUCAGUUCUUGAAAUCUAGAAAAUUGAGUACCAAAUGUAAAGAUGGAGGUGAUUUGGUCAAGUACUUCAAGAAAGUCAAAAAUGGGAAAACAGAGCAAGGUGAGAGCUCCAACUCUCCAAAAAGGGACAAAUCAGAGCUUCCAACAGGAGAUGAAAAAAAGAAGAAGGUUAAAGUGGACAAUGAAAACAGAGUUGAACAGUCUGAAGUUGAACUUGUUCCUAACAAGUUAGUCAAAGGGAGUAGUUUAGUUAUGUCACAAAUGGAUUCUGAUCCAAAAGAAAAAUUUGAGUGUACUACUUGCAACAAGAGCUUCCAUUCCUAUCAAGCACUUGGUGGUCAUAGGGCUAGCCACAAAAAUGCUAAAUGUGAAAAUAGUAGCAUUGACAUGAGUGAAAUUAGUGAAUUUGGGCAAAAGAAUGAGAACAAUUGUGGAUCAAAGAAGCAGGUAAAGAUGCAUGAGUGUCCAAUUUGCUUCAAGAUUUUCUCAUCAGGCCAAGCAUUAGGUGGACACAAGAGAUCCCACUUGAUUGCUGAGGCAAAAAGAAACAACAACAACAACAACAACAACCAAUCUGUUGAAAUACAGAAACCAAUACCAGAAACCCGAAACUUCUUGGAUCUAAACUUGCCUGCUCCUGUUGAAGAAGAAGAUAACAUGUUGGAUUCUAGCAGUACACAUGAGCAUAGUGAAUUCCAGCAAUGGUGGAUUGACAGCAGCCACAAGCAUGAGCAACUAUUGGGCCUUCUUUCUAACUGAUCAUUGGGCAACUAUUGGGCCUUCUUUAUCAAAGAUUCACAAGUGUACAGAUUCAUUGAUUCUUUACAUGAUUUGAAGUGUUUGAAUUCACAGUAGUAAGUACUGGUGGAUAUUUCAACCUAUAUUUGUUUGAUCCGCCAAACCUGUCCAUGAUUAAAUCGUAUUCAACUCAUCAACAACAGUAGCAACUUACGUUUCAGUUUCAAACAAGUUGAGUCCACUACAUGAAUUCUCUCUAUUCAUUUUAGCUCAACUCAAAAUUGGCAAAUUUUACGAUGGUUGUCAAUCUACUGCAACCCUCCUCCUUUAUUCGAGCUUGAGAUCGACAACGUGAGCAAGCUGACGCAAGCGGAAUUAUAUUCAAACCAUCCAUUUAGCAAAUUCCAUUUUCUCAAUGAACUAGUAAGCACUAAGCACCCCUUUUUUGGUUAAUUUUGUUUUAAUUUUGUUUUACAUAUUUUAGUUAUAGAAUGAAAAUUCAUCAGUACAAGAUGUAAGCUUCUUUUUCUAUUUUGGAUUCUUUUGUUGAAUACAUUUUAGCUUCAUCUUGAGCUAUGAAGAGUAAAUUUGUUGUGGUGUAAUAAUUUUUUCUUGGGAUUGAAGGGAAAUUGAGUGAGGUGUUCAA